GCGGAAGUGUGUGCCUUUUUACAGAGUGGGGUGGAGUCAAAUUCUGAGGGGGGGAGGGAAACAGGCGGUGCGGCCGGAGGGGGGUAGGCGGGCCGAGCGCUGCGGCCGGAGAUGGUGUCGGGCAGCUGUGGCGCUCGGCGGCGGAGGACACGGCACUAAGACAUUGGGGGCCAGGCUGCGGCUAGCCGCCGGGCCGUCCGGGCAUACUGAAAACACAGUUUUGAAAAGGAUUAUCACAUGUGAGUGACUGGGAAGCAGAUGACAGCAGACAUAGGAAGAUCUGUUUGGUGGAAAGAGAAUCUUGAGGGCUUGACAGUUUGGUGACAGAGAAUUUAAUUUCUUUGCUUGGAAUACACGUUAUGAACCCUUUCUGGAGCAUGUCUACAGGUUCUGCACGCAAGCGAUCUGAUGGUGACGAGAAGACAGUGACUGGGGACCUGAAAAUUAGUCCGCCACGAACUGCUCCAAAGAAACAGCUGCCUUCUAUUCCUAAAAAUGCUCUGCCGAUAACUAAGCCUACAUCUCCUGCCCCUGCAGCACAGUCAACAAAUGGCACACAUGCCUCUUAUGGACCAUUCUACUUGGAAUAUUCCCUUCUUGCUGAAUUCACCUUGGUUGUGAAGCAGAAGUUACCUGGUGUCUAUGUGCAGCCAUCUUACCGCUCUGCAUUAAUGUGGUUUGGAGUAAUAUUCAUACGGCAUGGACUUUAUCAAGAUGGAGUAUUUAAGUUUACAGUUUAUAUCCCAGAUAACUACCCAGAUGGUGAUUGUCCACGCUUAGUAUUUGAUAUCCCCGUCUUCCACCCGCUAGUUGAUCCUAUCUCAGGUGAAUUGGAUGUGAAGAGAGCAUUUGCAAAAUGGAGGUUGGUAUUUUCUUUCUUAUUGAUAGAAUAUUGCAUGAAGGAGCCUUGGAGUCUUAAAUCUUCCCAUUUCUCUUUUAGGAGGAACCAUAAUCACAUUUGGCAAGUACUGAUGUAUGCACGACGAAUUUUCUACAAGAUUGAUACAACUACCCCUUUGAACCCUGAGGCUGCAGUAUUGUAUGAAAAGGAUGUUCAGCUUUUUAAAAGUAAAGUGGUUGACAGUGUCCAACUAUGCACUACUCAUUUGUUCGAUCAGCCUAAAAUAGAAGAUCCCUAUGCAAUUAGUUUUUCUCCAUGGAAUCCCUCUGUACAUGAUGAUGCUAGAGAGAAGAUGCUGACUCAGAAAAAGAAGCCAGAAGAACAGCAUAGUAAAAAUCUCCAUGUUGCUGGCCUGUCGUGGGUAAAGCCUGGCUCAGUGCAACCUUUCAGUAAAGAGGAGAAAACAGUAACAACUUAAAUGAAUUUCUGAACGUUGGUGCACUGAGCACUUUUCUGCUGGUGAAGGGAGAAGAGCAGGAAGACGUUUUUCUGCUGGACUCUGGACUAGUUAAGCUGACCAAUGGCCGUGACUGUAAAGAGUAAAACUGCUCGAACAAAGACUGAUUUUUGAUGUUUUACAUAUACAUCUUAGGUUCUAACAGAAUUUUGGAAGACUUCUCUUUAAAUAAUGCAAUACUUCUGUUAGAAGUUUCUUUAGGGUGGUUAUCUAGUUUGAGUACUCCAGAUUAUUGGGGAUUUUUGCAGGGGCUUUUAAACUUAUUUUUCUUCCCAGAAAUAGCCUUUUUUAAAAUCUAAUUGGCUGAAAUAUUAGGAAAUCUGAAGCUGAAGGCAAGGUAAGCUACUACAUUCAUUUCAACUAAUAUAGCAGAGACAGAGUUUAACACUAUUUAAUGGUCUUGAAAUCAAUGGUUUCAAUUGUAAAUAUGCUAGAAUAUGGAAUUGUAUAUAGAGCUGGUUUAGUAACUCAGCACUUUUAAGUGAAAGAUAAACUGAGACUGUUAGUCUUAGCCUACUGUUUUACUGAUUAAAUAUAAUAUUGUCACCGAAGCACACAUUAGUCUGAUGAAAGGAGACCAUAACACUAUGGUUGAUUUGUUUUUGGUGUGUUUUCCCCAAAGCAAACUACAGUUGUAUUUUAAGGGUUAUGUCUUUUGGGGACCUCUAAAUAAAAAAGUUCCUGAUAGGAGUCAAAGGUAAAUAUUUUAAUGACACUGAGGUGCCUGCUCUGCUAAGUGUGACUAAUGUGUGUUCAAUAGUGACAAAAUAAAUUGGAAAAAACAA